UCCAUCUAGCAGGUCUGGUUGAAUUUCACGGCUGCUGUUUUUUUUGCUCUGCUUCAUACCAAUCUCACAGCAGAUCAAUUCGGAGGAACACAUCGGGACCUUAGAAGGUUUUUGGUGGAAUACUGCGCAGCAUCCGCUACUCUAUUGUUUAGCGCCAUCUUCAAGUCCCUCUUGCAUUCCUGGACUCCUAUUGUUUUUAACCCGUCCGUGACAAAUCUAGCUAAGGUUACACACUAAAGAAUAAACAAUGGAUAAAGCGGAGCUUAUUCAGAAGGCCAAGUUGGCGGAGCAAGCCGAGCGCUACGAUGACAUGGCCGCCUCGAUGAAGGAGGUAACGGAACAGGGGGGCGAGCUGUCAAACGAGGAGAGGAACCUGCUAUCUGUCGCAUACAAGAACGUGGUCGGAGCACGGCGGUCGGCAUGGAGGGUCAUCUCCAGCAUCGGACAGAAGACGGAGGGAAGCGACAAGAAGCUCGCAAUGGUCAACGAAUACCGGGAGAAGGUGGAGGGCGAGCUGAGAGAUAUCUGCAACGAUGUACUGGAACUGCUGAAUAAAUAUUUAAUUGAGAACUCCACAAAUGCUGAAAGCAAAGUCUUCUAUCUUAAGAUGAAGGGCGACUACUAUAGAUACCUUGCCGAAGUCGCCUCUGGGGAUGACAAAACAGCAACCAUAGAGCACUCACAGGAGGCGUACCAGCAGGCGUUUGACAUCAGCAAGAAGGAGAUGGACCCCACGCAUCCCAUCCGCCUGGGCCUGGCCCUCAACUUCUCAGUCUUCUUCUACGAGAUCCUCAACUCUCCAGAGAAAGCCUGCUCACUGGCCAAACAGGCAUUUGAUGACGCCAUUGCAGAGCUGGACAAACUGAACGAGGAGUCAUACAAAGACAGCACUCUCAUCAUGCAGCUGCUCAGAGACAACCUGACAUUAUGGACAUCCGACAACGCGCCUGAGGAAGGCGAGGCUGGAGAAGCCGGCGAAGCCGGAGAGAAUGAGAACUGAAACUCACACAGGGUCAUCUCUCUCAAAAAAAAAACCUUUUUACACAUCUCCAUUCCUGUAUUGCUCCACUUAAAGUCUUUUAGCAAUGAAACCAUUACUGAACAAAAGCUGCAUGUGGAAAUUCCAAAAUAAUUUGGCUUUUCACGUUGCAGCUUUUGUGCAAAUAAAAGAAAGAAAAAUAUUGAUUGAGGGGGGGGUGAAACCUCCAUUCCUUGGUUUGUUUGUCCUGACCUUCCAUACGUGCAGUUUCUCCUGUUAGAAAAGUAUUAAUAGCUUCUUUUUAUCAAUGUUUUAGUCCAAAUUAGGGGAAAAAAUAAGACAUUCUAGGGCUUUUUGCUGAGCUACUGAAUCUUAGUCCCAUCAAAACACAAGGGGAGUUAAGGUGUUAGAACGGGUGUCUGUUAAGCAAAUUCAAUGAAUUGUUCCCUCACCCUCCAUAGGCUUGUUCUCUAUUUCUCCACAUGGAUAUCCUGUAUGGUUACUGCUGCUGACGUCCUCCACACGGUUAUCUUGUAUGGUUACAGCUGCUGACAUCCUCCAUGCGGUUAUCUUGUAUGGUUACAGCUGCUGUGACGUCCUCCACGCAGUUAUCUUGUAUGGUUACAGCUUCUGACGUCCUCCACGCGGUUAUCUUGUAUGGUUACUGCUGCUGACAUCCUCCACGCGGUUAUCUUGUAUGGUUACAGCUGCUGUGACGUCGUCCACGCGGUUAUCUUGUAUGGUUACUGCUGCUGACGUCCUCCACGCAGUUAUCUUGUAUGGUUACUGCUGCUGUGACGUCCUCCACGCGGUUAUCUUGUAUGGUUACUGCUGCUGUGACGUCCUCCACGCAGUUAUCUUGUAUGGUUACUGCUGCUGACGUCCUCCACGCGGUUAUCUUGUAUGGUUACAGCUGCUGUGACGUCCUCCACGCGUUUAUCUUGUAUGGUUACAGCUGCUGUGACGUCCUCCACGCGGUUAUCUUGUAUGGUUACUGCUGCUGUGACGUCCUCCACGCGGUUAUCUUGUAUGGUUACAGCUGCUGUGACGUCCUCCACGCGGUUAUCCUGUAUGGUUACUGCUGCUGACGUCCUCCACGCGGUUAUCUUGUAUGGUUACUGCUGCUGUGACGUCCUCUACGCGGUUAUCCUGUAUGGUUACAGCUGCUGACAUCCAAUGUGAACAAGUGUAAUUGUUCCUUGCUGCAGGGAGGGCCAGUCAAUGAGCUUGGCACCAAGUAUCGCAGCCAGGUGAUUUCCAUUGGUUCCGAAAAUGUUUUUCCUCGCUCCCCCCUGGUUACGACAUUCACAAUAAAGCAUGUCUGGUUGAAGAGAAGAGGUGGGGGCUUUCUGAAGACCAAAACAAAAAUAAAUACUCCUACAUGCAUGUAAUUGAAUAGUACACUGGAAUGGGAACCAAUGCGCUAUACACACCAAGUCCAAAUGUCCAAUUUAGUACUUUUCAAUGCAGGUUUGUGCACGUGUUAAUUAACAAGGGUGUUUGGUUAGUCCAGUGAUUUGUCAUUAGAGAUUUGGACCAUUAUGUUUUUGCUAAUCAUCGAUUGUAGUUCCCAAAAGCCUCGUGGAAAUGUUAAUGCCCUAUGUUUCAGCUAUGUAACAUGAAUAAAAAUGAAAUUUUAUAAACCCA